AUGGCAGCUAAUCCACGGAGACUUCACUUUGUGUUCGUCCCAUUAUUGGCUCAAGGUCACAUGAUCCCCAUGAUAGAUAUGGCCAGGUUAUUAGCUGAGCAUGGAGUGGUCUCAAGCUUAGUCACCACCCCACACAACGCGUACAGGUUUGCCAGUAGUAUUCACCGCGCUCAAGCUACUGGGUUGCAUGUUAAUCUAAUAGAAAUUCCAUUUCCCUGUGAAGAAGUAGGAUUGCCACUAGGGUGUGAGAAUCUUGACAGCGUCCCCUCGAGGAACCUCAUAAGGAAUUUCUUCCGUGGACUGAAUAAGCUACAACAUCCAUUGGAACAGCACUUACUGCAACACGAUCUUCCACCAAGUUGCAUAAUUUCUGAUAAGAGCCUUUCUUGGACAUCUCAAAUGGCCAAAAAAUUUAAGGUACCCCGGCUCGUUUUUCAUGGGAUGUGCUGCUUUUCACUCCUAAGUUCCCAUUAUGUGAAAUUGUACAAACCUCAUCUUUCUGUAAAAUCUGAUUUAGAACCCUUUGUGAUUCCUGGAAUUCCCAUGCGGGUUGAAAUAGCAAAAGCUCAGUUACCUGGAGCAUUUGUCACUUUGCCGGAUUUGGAUGAUAUUAGGGACGAAAUGCAAGAGGCUGAAUCGAGUGCUUAUGGGGUGGUGGUGAAUACUUUCCAAGAAUUGGAGCAUGGUUGCGUGGAAGAAUACAGUAAGGCUAUCAACAAAAAGGUAUGGUGUAUUGGUCCGGUUUCUCUAUGCAAUAGGGAUACCUUGGACAAGUUUGAGAGAGGGAAUAAAGCUUCAACAGAUGAAGCAAAGUUGUUGGAAUGGCUUGAUUCCAAGAAAACGGAGUCUGUUCUUUACGUGUGCCUUGGCAGCCAGUGUCGUCUAGUUCCAGCGCAACUAAUAGAACUCGGACUAGGUUUGGAAGCAUCAAAACGUCCAUUUAUUUGGGUUAUAAAAACAGGAGAAAGAUUUCCGGAGUUAGAGAAAUGGUUAUUGGAGGAGAAAUUUGAGGAGAGGAUUGAAGGGAGGGGACUUUUGAUCAAAGGUUGGGCCCCUCAAAUUCUUAUCUUAUCCCAUCCUGCAGUAAAAGGGUUCAUAACACACUGUGGUUGGAACUCAACAAUAGAAGGGGUGUGCUCUGGAGUGCCAAUGAUAACAUGGCCUAUGUUUGCAGAACAAUUCUUCAAUGAGAAAUUUAUUGUGGAAAUUCUGAGGAUUGGUGUUCGAGUAGGAGUCGAGCUCCCAGUUAGAUGGGGAGACGAGGAGAAAGUUGGCGUGCUCGUGAAGAAAGACCAAAUUAAAAGUGCUGUAGAACAGCUUAUGGAUGAAGCGGACGAAGGUGAAAAGAGAAGAAACAGAGCCAGAGAUCUGAAGACAAUCUCACGGAGUGCAAUGGAAUCUGGUGGAGCUGCACACUCCAAUAUAUCAGUUCUAAUUCAGGACAUCGUAGAGCAAUCCUUCCACACUGGGGAUUAA